CAGAAUAGUUUCAGAGUUUCAGACGUAUCUUUCUGAUUUUCCAUCAUGAACGACUUUAAAUGAAUUAAGUACUUUAUUUUCGGUGAUUAUAUGAUAAUAUUCUCUCGGUUAAUAGCAUUCCUCUGGUCCACAUUGAGUAAACAUUCUGAUUUAUUAGGUACAUAAUAACACAAACGAAACCCGCCUGAGGGAGCGAAUGGGGAUAAACGUUAUUAUGACGUCAUUGUCACCACACCGUCAUCACUCUCGCAUGCUCUCGUGAACAAUUAUGCCUAGUUACGGCCUCGCGACUACCAAGUACAAUGAAUGUUCGCUCGACUCCAAGAUGGAAAUGAUCUAUGUUCCUGACGUGGACACACUGUGUCGACUUACCGACGAAUUUGAUGGAUACAUGUCUGAUUGCGGGGAACUAACCCAGUACAUAGAAAACCUUACACACAACGAAAAAUUAACUCUGGUCAUACAGGACAUGCCGGUUCCCAUAUACAUCCUCAAGGAACUCGCCUACAAGCAAGACGCCAUUGUCGACUUUGGUGGCGCGGAGACCAAGAAGUUCAUCUCGCUGGUGGCCGAUGUCGCAUGCCUAUACGGAAUGUGGCCACGUGCUGAUGUGAGCCACCCGACAUCCAGACAGGCCCCUAUCAAAACUUUUAACGACGAUAAAGUAGAAGGAUUAAGAAGGUCAACGGUUGAACUCAUCAAGGUCAUCGGCAGCCAUAAAAGGGCCAUAGCAGACCUACGACAGCAACAACGGAUUUGUUGGGACUUGAGUUCAAAAUCAGCGUACAAGCACAGCCUUGUAGAGGCCUUCGAGAAGAAGUAUGCUGUCGAACUGGGUGGCGGUAACGCGCCACAGAAGCUGAGAGGAAAGCUACAGCAGCUGUCUGACGAAAUGUGGGAUGCGCAGGAUGACGUCACCAGGAACCAAAUAAUGUACUGCGAGAUGUUGGAAAAGGAGACCAACAUUAAAGUCAGCAUGUUCCAGAUAUCGGAUCGUAUCCGGAAUUGCAUACAGUACAUGCUAGUAAGACGGAUGGCAGAUUGUAUUGGCAAGGCAUACACAUUUUUACAGUCUGUACAUGUAUAUAGAUUUCAAAAUGCUCACGUGUUCAACAAUAGACAUCUUCCCGUAAUACAUACCAUGUGUAGGAUGAGGACAGGUGCCGUCGCGGACGAAUUGAUUCAACAAGCAUCCAAGACUUAUACCUUCCCAAAUACAAAGGAGUACCCUGUUUACAUGAGAGAAACACCAAAACUUCCUGCAGUUCACAUUGAUGAAAAAAUUGGGAGGGGUUGUACUCAUCCGAACUCUAAAACAGUUGUCGGAACCCUUCGUUUAUCUGGCAAUCUGAAUGGCUACCACCUGAAGAUAUCCGGGCGAACUGAUGCCUCCUCUGUAAUUCCAGGAUUCUUCCACUUAAAUAAAGACCUGCAUGUAAAGUGUAAACUGGGGAUGUUCAAUGGAGACGUGGGGUUCGGCUGGACCCGGAAGUCCAGUUACAGCCCGACAAAGACAUGGGGAUUUUUUAUCCGACCACCAUCUUUAACGGACUUUACGGAUCGUUCCUCGCAUCAGGCUGCGAAUCCGGUAGCACUCGGAAACACAUAACUGUGGAAUACAUUAAAGACAUAACCAAUCAAUCAUUGUUGCAAUAAUACGUAUGUAUUAAUAUAUAUAGGUAUAUAUGUGUGCAUGGAAAUUCUAAGAAAGGAGGCUUAAUUAGAUAUUUCAUAAUAAUUAAUGAAAAGCAUGUACUAGUAUGUAAAUUAACAUUUAAAUGGAUAUACCAGUUGACAUUGAUGUUAUUUACGAUUAAGAACAAAUAAAUUCCUUUGAAAUUUCAU